AUGGAGGAAGACCCACAGGACCGGCCACAGGACCCCGAGUCCGAGGAGGUACAAGACCUGAACCCAGACACAGCAGAUCUAGACCAGAGUCUACAAGACGGUCAAGACCAGAAACCUGAUUCAGAUCCUCCUCAGAACAAGACCGAGGACCAGCCGGUCCAACAGAGUCCUGAAGGUCCCUGUGAGGAACCCGAGUCUCCUCAAGUGGACUCAGAUCAGGACAAGGGUCAGGAGGAAGAUCAUGGACUGAAACAGGACCCAGAUCAGGACCAUGGGGAGGAGGAAAACAAGAACCAGCAUCUGGAUUUAAGUCAGGACCAGGACCAAGACCAAGACCAGGACCAAGAUCACAGUCAGGAUCAGGAUCAGGACCAGGACCAAGAUCAGGGUCAGGACCAGGACCAAGACCAGGGUCAGGACCAAGAUCACAGUCAGGAUCAGGACCAGGACCAGGAAACAGGUAAAUACAAACUUAAAUGUGAUUCUGUUUCAGACCUGAUGGGGGGUCAGCUGAAAAACUGGUCUGGUUUUUUAUUCAGACCAGGACCAGCGGCAGAAGUUUUUAGACUUCAGGACAAAAACGGAAAAAUCUGAUUUAAAGAGCCGGUCCACCGGGACAGAAGCUCCUCCUAACUGUAGAUAUAAACUCUAGAUGACUCACACCUGCUGUUAGCCAGUGGAGACCGACGUCCGCAUAUGGCGGCCAUCUUGCUACAGUCAACUCGCUCACUCCUGACAUUCAGUCUUCGGUUUAUGUAACAUUUAAAUAACCACAGAUUGAUUAAUUUAAAUAACCAUAGAUUGAUUGAUUUUAGUUUGUUUUGUAACAAACCUCAGAGUUUCAGUUUUGUUCCUGUUUACUCCAGAAUAAUUUUAACCAUGAAUUUACAUAAAUAAACAAUAAACAGCUAACAGGCAACAGCUAUAGACCUACACACACACACAGACAGACAGUUAUAUUAAAUCAUUAAAAACAUUUAAUUAUUACAUGUUAUAUCAGUGAUAUUUCUAAUAAAGGCAGAACUACACUCUCCUCCCGUCAGCUAGAACUCAGUCAAUCAGAUUUAGUUAAAUGGUGUCUUCCUCUGGUCACAUGACCCUCCAAACCGCGCCACUACCGCUUUUUACAGCGUGACCAGGAAGUGCCCGGUUUGGCGCGAGGACCCGAGGGCACGUGCAGACGGCUGCAGGUAAGUGUGUAAGUUUGUAAGAGAGCAGGACCGCAGGUGCGGACCUAAGGGGAGACAGUUUAGAAACAGUUUAACGGAGUUUUGAUCCGCGGGAACGAGAGCGCUUCGUGCGCGCUCCCGACACCGGUACUUUUAAAGAGAGAGAGACCCGCGUGCUGGUCCGAGGAUGAGGGUUUAAAGGUUCUCUGACACACACACACACACACACACACACACACACACACACACACACACACACACACACACACACACACACACACUGAGCGGUUCUUCAGUUUGUUCACUUCACUUCAGUUUGAGGAUGAAGAUUAAUGUGUUCAUGUGGUCCAGGUUCUAAACCUGAUCCUCUUCUCUAUGUAGACCCAGUCCCACCUCAGAAUCUGGACCAGAAUCAACACCCAGGCCUUGGUCAAGAUCAGAACCUGAACCUGGACCUGGAUCAAGAACAACGCCUGGACCAAAGUCAAGACCUGAGCCUGAAGCAGGAUCAGGAACAGAGCCUGAACCAGGACCAGAGCCUGAAGCAGGAUCAGGAACAGAGCCUGAACCAGGACCAGAGCCUGAAGCAGGAUCAGGACCAGAGUCUCAGGACCAGAGCCUGAACCAGGAUCAGGACCAGAGCCUGAACCAGGACCAGAGCCUGAACCAGGAUCAGGAACAGAGCCUGAACCAGGACCAGAGCCUGAAGCAGGAUCAGGGCCAGAGUCUGAACCAGGACCAGAGCCUGAAGCAGGAUCAGGAUCAGGACCAGAGCCUGAACCAGGAUCAGGACCAGGCAGAGCAGCGGGAGAAACCAAUCUCGGACCAGGACCAGGACCUGGACCAGCACUACAACAAGAACAUAGAUCCAGAUGAGGAUCAGAACCUAGACCAAGGCAAGAACCAGGACCAGGGUCAUGGUUUGGACCAGAUCCUAGAACAGAAUCAGAACCAGGAACAGAUCCUGGACCAGAGUCUGGAACAGGACCAGAAUAAUGGAGGGGACCAGGACCAGAUCCUAGAGCAGAAUCAGGACCAGGAUCAGGGCCUGGACCAGGACCUGGAUGAGAGCAAGGACCAGAACCAGAACCAGGAUCAGUCUGGGACCCCAGACCAGGACCAGGACCUGCAGCUAGAGCCUGGAGGGGGGGCGGUCCCGGCUCUGGUGAUCACUCAGGCUGAGGAGGUGAGUCCAGAACAGCAAAGGAUGAUGGGUAAUAAACCAUACACUCCUGUCUCUCCAUCAGGUCUGAGCGCGCUCAGUGGGGGGGAGGGGGGGGGGGCUGCAGCUAACGAUUGAUUUUAUAUAUCGAUUAAUCUAACGAUUGAUUUUAUAUAUCGAUUAAUCUAACGAUUGAUUUUCUUGAUUUGAUUAGUUUAUCUAAAGUCGACUGUCAGUCAGUCUCAGACAGACGAAGUCGCCGUCGUCUACGUCAUCAUGAGGCGCGUUGACCCGUGAAUUACUUCAACGAAUCGCCCGAGUCAUCGGUGAUCAGUUCUAGGUAGGAUGUUCUGACAGCUCCUCCUCCUCCUCCUCUUCACUCCUCCUCUUCCUCACUCCUCCUCCCUCCCUCCCUGGGUGAGACGGAGGUCUGUCUCCCCCCUCAGACUAGAGUCUGAGAGUGUCAUGAAGACCGAAGGGUGGUCUUUAUUUUACUGAAGGAUCUGAAGACCUUCAGAGUUUGGAGAUCAGAGAAAACAGACGAAUCCUGAUGGUGAACCCAAACCUUCAGAACCAUCAGAACCUUCAGAACCUUCAGAACCGUCAGGACCUUCAGAACCAUCAGAACCUUCAGAACCAUCAGAACCUUCAGAACCUUCAGAACCGUCAGGACCUUCAGAACCAUCAGAACCUUCAGAACCAUCAGAACUAUCAGAACCAUUAGAACCUUCAGAACCAUCAGGACCUUCAGAACCAUCAGAACCAUCAGAACCUUCAGAACCUUCAGAACCUUCAGGACCAUCAGAACCAUCAGAACCUUCAGAACCAUCAGAACCAUCAGAACCAUCAGGACCUUCAGGACCUUCCGGUCAAAGUGGACCUGAGUUCUGUAGAAGCGCUGAAUCCUCCUCUGAGGGGUUAAACGCCGCUCUGCAGCGCUCUCUGAGAGAUCCCAUUACCCGCCCUCCUCUGCACGCGCUCACUGAUCCAAACCGCCUCCAAAUAAGUUUCCUGAGAAGCUCUGCGGUGGCGGCGGUGGCGGCGGCGGAGCAGAGGAGCACUUAAACCAAAUUGACUUUAGUGAUGUGAGUUAUGAAGAUACUGAUAUCAUGAAGCAUGAAGUUCUUCUUCAGCCUCAGAAGAAUUCAGAUUCCCUGAGACGCUGAGACGGGGGAACUAAUAUGAAUGCAAAUAGGAUUAGAGGGACUGCAUGAGAGUCUGAUAAACAGUUUACAGGCCGGAGUCUUCACCGGGGGGCGGGGGGAUCACAGUUAACCGCCAUCUUCUUCUGCAGCUCCACAGCAGCGGCGGAGAAACAGAGUCAGUCCUACAGACGAUCAGACACCUGAACACCUGAAGACCUGAGGUUAGAUCAGUCUGCAGAAACGACAGGUGAGAGGAUGAAAACUGAGAGAGCAUCAAUGAAAAUAAUGAACCCAGUAAGACCUGAACCCUGAACCUGAACCUGAACCCAGACUGAGACUCUGAGAUCCUGAGGUUUAUAAAUAUCUCAGCCUGUAGUAUCUGAGAGUUUACACACGUGUGACUUUAAGAUAACUGUCUUUAUUUUUCUGAACCUUCAUCAGAUCUUUGAAAACAAACAAACUCUGAUGAAAUAAAACAGCUGAAUAAAGAAAAACAAAGACUCUGGAGAAAAACAAACUGUUUACUGUCCGUAAAUAAAGAGUCUGUUUAAUUCAGAUGUAAAUAUGAAAAAUAAAGUGUUAAAGGGUAAACAGCUGCCCUAGUGUAGAGACAGGACAAAAACAGAAACUAAAAACUCAAUAAAUCAAUAAAUCAAUAAGUGUCUGAUAGUCUGUUCACGUCUGUUUUCACCCAGAGUCACAGUAAACACUGACAGUCAGUCUGAAGAGGUCGUUCUCCCUGAUGGAUGUUUCUCUCUGCCUCCAUCAUCGUUUACUUUCCUCAUGAAACACGUACCAAGAUCCGAUCAUGAAUCCGAUCACCUUAUUGAUCUUUAUUAUCCGAUCAGAGGCAGACGGGUUUGAUGAUUUGAUUCGACUCCAGAAAUGAUUGAAAAACUACAGAAUGUUAGAAAAUGACGACUCCGCUCUCUGAGGGUAGAAACGCGUUCAUGCUGUCUCGGAUUAAACGGGUUAAAGUCAGAGUUCCUGUGAAGAUUAAAUCCAGUUUUUAAUCAAGAUGAUCUCCUAAAGUUAUUUUAGCGCUAACCUCGUCUGGAUAUAAGGCGAGCGCUAAAGUGACCUUCGCCUGGUUUCCUCCUCCCAGUUUACUUUUUUCUGACUCAGUAACUGAAACACUGGGAACUCUGGUGUGACGUCAUUUUCAGCUCCGACAUCCGAGGAAACUCGAACGCAGCGUUAUAAAAACAUGGGAGUGACCUCUGACCUUUACUCUGAAACUACAGAUGAAAAUCCCUCCAGAGUCUCAGUUUUUAUCAAACAGACACGAGUUUCUGGACUCUGUUUCCUGAAAACACUCCUCUUUCUUUCCUUCCUUCCCUCCUUCCUUCCUUCCUCCCUCUCUCCUCGGUGACGUGUUUUCCUUCUGACGGACUCUAACUCGUCUAUAAUCCGUCAGUCCGCUCUCCUCCUGUCGGCGCCUCCUCCUGUGGGCGCCUCCUCUUUCACGCUCGCCGUCGUCCUCUGGUUUCUCUUUGAUGGCGCUCGUCGUGACAGUCAGCAGCUCCAAUUAGAUCCGCCCCCCCGGUCUGAAGUGUUUGAGGGUCUUUCCUGAUCUGAUGACAGUCGGACCCUCAAACACAUUAACAAACAUCAUCUCGACAUCAGAGGAGGAGGCGGACCUGAGCAUCAAACACCUGUGUGUGUGUGUGUGUGUGUGUGUGAUGCACAGCGCUUCGUUUGAUUGGUCCAUUAGACACCUGAGACAAACAUGUACAGGUGAGUCAGAUCUGAGCUGACCUUCACGUCUGAAGAAGAAACAACCGUGUAGGACCUCCACCGCAGCUCCACCCAACAUCUACGACAUCCACCCAUCAUCCACCCAUCAUCCAUCCAUCAUCCAUCCAUCAUCCAUCCUCUACUGCUUAUCUGGAGUCAGCUCGGGGGGGCGGCAGCCUGACCAGGGAAUUCCACCUCAUCUGGAACGGCUCCGAUCUGGAACGGCACAGAUUUCCGCCGCACGCCGAUUUCUACCGGGUCUGUUUGUGAGGCGAAUUUCAUGGCGGAAUCACAAGAACCUUCAGAUUCACGUUCAAUCGCGCGAUAAUGAGUUGUCUCUCUAAAGACAGACACAUAGACAUAUAAGCAGUAGAUUGUGUCCUUCCAGAGGAGGAAAUCUACUUCUAGACUUCUAGAAUCAGCAUCUCCUCAUCCAUGGUGUCAUCGGGGUGAAAUGACGUCUAAAAACCUUUCACUUGUUCGUCUCCGCCCGUUUGCAUGGUGUGAAAUACGAUCCUCCUGAAACACGGAGUGUUUUAUUUUGAAAAGAAGCCGGAUGUUUUAUUUUGUGUCUGUGUCCGACUUCCUUUCCAGCACGGGUUAAUCUGUGCUGAAUUUAUCCGCCAUGCUCCGGCGUCCAGAAAAAAUCGAACUCUUGUGAUCAGCUGAGGAGUCCGGCGAUCCGCAGAGGAACGGAAAGAAGUCGGUGUAAAUUGACACGUUAACUUGAAUGGUUACGAUCAGCUACGAUCGGAGGAUACGACCUUUUAGGAGACGAUCAGGAUUAAGGUGGAGGUCGGGGGUCAGCAGGGAAGUCCAGACCUCCUGGGACGUGCCUUGAGCAUCACACCAGCAAGCUGUCCAGGAGGCGUCCUGAUUGGAUGACCAAACCACCUCAUCUGACUCCUCUUAAGGUGGAGGAGCAGCAGCAGCUCUACUCUGAGCUCCAUCCUUCAUUUUCUUUGUCUGGAUGGACGCAGAUGUUCCUCCUAAACCUGGAGAUGUUGUUUAAAACUGAGGAUGCAGCAUCUAUGAUUUCCAGUUCUCCGUUGAAAGGACAGUUGGACUUACUCUAAACAUCUCAACUAAGUCCAGUUGUCCUUUCAAUGAAGAACUUUAACACCAUUAUGAUGUUGUUGACUCUGGUUUUGUGGUUUUGUGGUUUUGCUGUAAACCUCAGUGUCCUCACGGCUGAACAGGGACUCUGUAAACCCGGGUCCUGCCUCUGAAUCCUGGUUCUGCAGGAUCCGGGUCUUUGUUCCUCCUCUCAGUAAAAAGUUGUAGUGAAAUAAUUAUCUGAAUCAACAUGAUGGCUGUGACGUGUCUGUGAAGGCUUUUCCUCUCUGCGUGGUUUAACAUGAACGAGUGUGUGUGUGUGCGUGUGUGUGUGUGUGUGUGUGUGUGUGUGUGUGUGUGUGUGUGUGUGUGUGUGUGUGUGUCGGGGGGACAAUAGUGAGGCGUAAUGAGCUCUCAGGGGACUCCAGUCCAGAGCAGUUAAAGGACAAUCACGCUCUGUGAGGAGAUGUUAAACUGCUGCUGCUGAUGUCUGUCGCCAGCUGGGCCCUAAUUGUAGUCAACAGUUCUGCGGGCUCGUGUGAAGAUGAACGCCGCUUUCAGGAGGCAGACGGACGACGUUUUGCUGAGAUGUAAACACUCUCUCAUAUGGAAAUUCGGCGGGGCCUCGGCGCCGUUUGAGGGACAGCGGUGAGGAUUGGAAGUGAUGUCUGCUGGUUUAAAGCAUGUCGGGUCCAUUUCUGCGGUUUAACGCCUCUUCAAGUCAAACAUGUUCACAAACAGCUGAUUGGACAGCUGUGUUCAAAUUCAUAUCAUCUCGCUGCACAAACACACGGAGAUACGUUGGACUGAACUGGGUUAGAGAACUGUUAUUGUUACUGAGCUCAAACUGAGGUCCGAACGGUUCUGAAUCAAAGACUCCAGAGUCUGUCAGUGAACAGUCAUGUCCUGAGAAGAAGGAGGAGAUGAUUGGUCGUUACUGAAGUGUCCUCUGGUGUCCUAAUCUCAAACAUGUGCAGAAAACUGAUUUGAUAGCUGCAUUUAAAAAAGAUGAACCAGGACAAAGUGCCUCUGGAUGCCCCUCUAUUAUCACUCAGGUUGUAAACUGCCCUCUGGAUGCCCCUCUGUAAUCACUUGGGUUAUAAAGUGCCCUCUGGAUGUCCCUCUAUAAUCACUCAGGUUAUAAAGUGCCCUCUGGAUGCCCCUCUGCAAUCAUUUGGGUUGUAAAGUGCCCUCUGGAUGCCCCUCUAUAAUCACUCAGGUUAUAAAGUGCCCUCUGGAUGCCCCUCUAUAAUCACUUGGGUUAUAAAGUGCCCUCUGGAUGCCCCUCUAUAAUCACUCAGGUUAUAAAGGACCCUCUGGAUGCCCCUCUAUAAUCACUCAGGUUAUAAAGGACCCUCUGAAUGCCCCUCUAUAAUCACUCAGGUUAUAAAGGACCCUCUGGAUGCCCCUCUAUAAUCACCUAGGUUGUAAAAUGCCCUCUGGAUGCCCCUCUGUAAUCACUAAGGUUGUACACUGCCCUCUGGAGGCCCCUCUGUAAUCACUAAGGUUGUAAAGGACCCUCUGGAUGCCCCUCUAUAAUCACCUAGGUUAUCAAGUGCCCUCUGGAUUCCCCCUUUUUAAUCACCUAGGUUGUAAAGUGCCCUCUGGAUGCCCCUCUGUAAUCACUAAGGUUAUAAUGUACCCUCUGGAUGCCCCUCUGUAAUCACUCAGGUUAUAAAGUACCCUCAUGAUGCCCCUCUAUAAUCACUUGGGUUGUUAAGUGCCCUCUGCAUGCCCCUCUGUAAUCACUAAGGUUAUAAUGUACCCUCUGGAUGCCCCUCUGUAAUCACUCAGGUUAUAAAGUACCCUCAUGAUGCCCCUCUAUCAUCACUCGGGUCAUAGGUCACUUAGGUCUCAAACACUCUUGUAGUCCUUAAAUCCACCAGGAACCACCAAACCAGAGUGUUCUGUGUUUUCCUGUUCCAGCGCCCGCCCUCUGGAUCUGGAGCAGCAGGAAGUCCCGCAGACCCUCCGAGACCACCUGCAGACCAGGUGAGCUGCAGCAGCGAUGGAGGAGACGUGAGCUGCUGCUGCGACCGCCAGUCUCUGAAGAGCGACUCCAUCUCUCUGACCAGCGAGCGGACGGCGUCCAGGACGGUGAGUGUUUACGGGGGGUGUUCUGGUUUAUGAGACACACAGGGACUUCAGUGAUGAUGUCACAGACAGGUUACCUGCUGCAGGACCGACACACCUGCUGGGAACUCUGUGGUACUUGGACCCGUGUUCAGAGGUUUAAGAGUUCCCCUCAGAGAAGACGUGAAGUUUGAACGUUUAGAGGUGAGAGGUCUCUGUAAACACGAGGGUCGGUGUCACGUCUGUCUCCUGAUCGCCGUCUCCGCCGUCUCCAUCGUCUCCGUCGUCUCCGUCGUCUCCGUCGGCGCUCUCAGCCCGCUGAAGAACAUUGUCCCCGUGUUUCUCUGCAGUCACAGAGACAGAGUGAGUGAAAUCAGACGUCGACCUCCAUCUUUGGAGGUGAACCUGCUGAACUGAACAGCGGCGAUCCUGGUCUCCUAACAAAACUCUGAUGUUGUUCUGCAGAGCGGCGGCGGUGGCGGUGGCGGCGGCUCUCAUCUUCAGAAGAAAAGCCUCUCUUUAUGGACGGGUCACUCGGGGGAAUAAGGAGCCCUCCAACGAGCGCCGUAAUCAUAAUUCCUUUGACCUCUGCUGACCCUCCGGCGCUUUGGCGGCGAGGUUCACGCUGUCGAACAGGCGACUCUUUUCACACCGCCGCUCGCUCAGAAAUGGCUUUUUCAUUUGUGGACAAUCAGACGGCGGCGUGUGUGAAUGAGAGGGCGGAUUACAUAAGGCCGAGUUCCCGAGGUGAGAGGAGAACAGACGCAGACGAAGACGACACAAAGUCACGUCUUUAUCUGACGGCGGCGGCGACGGCGUUCUCAUUAAAUCUCCUCUCACUCUCAGACGAGGCCGUCACAAAAACAGGGCCGUCCCUAAACCGCCAUUAAGAUGUUAAUGAGAUUCUCAGUUCUCAUCAAGACAAUCAAACUCAUCAGGAAGUCCAGACCGGGUCCUGACCCCGUAAAAAAGGUCAAACGCCGUUUUUUUAAGGCGUCGCUGUGAAUUUAUUUACUCUAAAGAGGAAGUGAAGAGAUUUAAAGGGACAGUAACGCUCUUAAUGUGAAAGGACAGAGGACAGGAAACAGGCGCCACGGGGGGGCCUCAAACCAGGACCUGGUUUUGGGUCCACCCAGAUCACUCGGUCCCUCAACAUGAGGUCUCUUCUUCUUCUUCUCCUCUUUUAAUGUCCGUCCUCACAGGUUCACUCCGCACUCCUCGUCUCCUUCCUCCCUGUCCCCUUACUCCUCAUCUCCUUUUUCCUCCUCUCCUCAUUGUGUCUCCUCUCCUCCUUCUCUCUUUGUCUCCUCUCCUCCUCUCCUCAUUGUGUCUGCUCUCCUCCUUCUCUCUUUGUCUCCUCUCCUCCUCUCCUCAUUGUGUCUCCUCUCCUCCUUCUCUCUUUGUCUCCUCUCCUCCUCUCCUCCCCCUCCUCCUCCUGUGCUCCUCUGUUUCCUCUUAUUACUGUAAAAGGAGGUGAAAUCGUCCUCCUCUUGCUCCAGAGAGCUCAGUUUGUUGUCGUUCUCCUCCUCACAAAGUGAUAAAUAAAAACAUUAUCCCUCCUCCUCCUCCUCCUCCCUCUCCUCCUCACCUCCUCCUCCUCCUCCUCUCUGAUCUGGAUUAAAGACUCCUCAGUAAUAAAGAUUAGUGAUGAGCCGCUGGAGCGCUCUUCAUCGCUCUUUAAUACGUUUCUCGGCGGCGUCUCGGCGGACUCUUUAGCAACAUUUAAUUUUCCGACGCUCGCCGAGUCGUGACCGCAGGCGUCUGUUUGAUUUGAGAGCGGUAAUUACAGAGGAAGUCCCGCCCCCCUGGGUUUAUCGCUCUGAUGAUGAUGAUCAAUCGUUCAUAAUCGCAGGACUCCUCCGUGUUAAUCAAUCAAAGAUUUUACCCUCACAGUAGAAAUCAAACCUCAUCAUAGACAUUUAUAUCUCAGAUGUUACCUCACUGCUUAACGAGGAUCUGACGUCCAUCUUUGUCCUCUGAGAUCCUGAGAAGUUCAUGGAUUCAUGAGCAGAAGAUCAUUCAUGGACUCUGAAGAGAGGAGGAGGAGGAGGAGGAGGAGGAGGAGGAGAUCUAUAUCACUUUAUCAUCUGCAUAAACAUUAAACUUUGUAUUUGUAACAUCAGAAUAUGAAUCAGUGACAAUAACUAAUAAUAACAUCAGACUAACUUAUUUCACGUUCUCCAAAGUUGAAAAAGUAAGGACAAUAAAAGUCGAUCAAUAAUGUUUGUCUUAUUGAUCGACCUUAGUACUAUUAUUAGAAAUCAAUUUUAGGUCUUUUGGUCACAUGACAGUGAAGCUAUUGAAGGAAAACAGCCUUUUCUGAGAACAUCAACCGGUAAUUUAUUGACGGUCCCUUAUUCAACACCGACGUUGACAGUGAGGGUGUCGAGUAGAUUUAACCGCGCUGCUGUUGUUAUUCCCGGUUAUGGAGAGUGAGAAGACACCGGUAGAUCCUCAGAGAAUGUCCGUCAGAUAUCCAACCUAAAACUAACUUCACCGCUGUAUUUACAGGAAAAUAUAUACAACCUGAAACUAACUUCACCACCGUAUUUACAGGAAAAUAUAUCCAACCUGAAACUAACUUCACUGCCGUAUUUACAGGAAAAUAUAUCCAACCUGAAACUAACUUCACCGCCGUAUUUACAGGAGAAUAUAUCCAACCUGAAACUAACUUCACCGCCGUAUUUACAGGAGAAUAUAUCCAACCUGAAACUAACUUCACUGCCGUAUUUACAGGAAAAUAUAUCCAACCUGAAACUAACUUCACCGUCGUAUUUACAGGAGAAUAUAUCCAACCUGAAACUAACUUCACCGCCGUAUUUACAGGAGAAUAUAUCCAACCUGAAACUAACUUCACCGCCGUAUUUACAGGAGAAUAUAUCCAACCUGAAACUAACUUCACCGCCGUAUUUACAGGAGAAUAUAUCCAACCUGAAACUAACUUCACCGCCGUAUUUACAGGAAAAUAUAUCCAACCUGAAACUAACUUCACCGCCGUAUUUACAGGAAAAUAUAUCCAACCUGAAACUAACUUCACCGCCGUAUUUACAGGAAAAUAUAUCCAACCUAAAACUAACUUCACCGCCGUAUUUACAGGAAAAUAUAUCCAACCUAAAACUAACUUCACCGCCGUAUUUACAGGAAAAUAUAUCCAACCUGAAACUAACUUCACCGCCGUAUUUACAGGAAAAUAUAUCCAACCUAAAACUAACUUCACCGCCGUAUUUACAGGAAAAUAUAUCCAACCUGAAACUAACUUCACCGCUGUAUUUACAGGAAAAUAUAUCCAACCUGAAACUAACUUCACCGCCGUAUUUACAGGAGAAUAUAUCCAACCUGAAACUAACUUCACCGCCGUAUUUACAGGAGAAUAUAUCCAACCUGAAACUAACUUCACCGCCGUAUUUACAGGAAAAUAUAUCCAACCUGAAACUAACUUCACCGCCGUAUUUACAGGAAAAUAUAUCCAACCUGAAACUAACUUCACCGCCGUAUUUACAGGAAAAUAUAUCCAACCUAAAACUAACUUCACCGCCGUAUUUACAGGAAAAUAUAUCCAACCUAAAACUAACUUCACCGCCGUAUUUACAGGAAAAUAUAUCCAACCUGAAACUAACUUCACCGCCGUAUUUACAGGAAAAUAUAUCCAACCUGAAACUAACUUCACCGCCGUAUUUACAGGAAAAUAUAUCCAACCUGAAACUAACUUCACCGCCGUAUUUACAGGAAAAUAUAUCCAACCUGAAACUAACUUCACCGCCGUAUUUACAGCACAUGUCUAUUCUUAGUCUUAAUGCAAGUGUUGCAGCUUUUUUUUGGCUGAUUCCAAGUUUUUCUUUUUUUUAUUGAGUUGAAAAUGUUAGAAUCAUGUCUGAGAUUACAGGAUGUGACUUAAAUGACUAACAGGUUCUCAUCAGCGUGUCACAUGUUGUUCAUGAAGUGAUAAAUAAUAAAUAAAAGAGGACCUAAAAUGGACCCCUGUGGGACGACGUCACGUCGAAUAAAACAAACGGAUGAGAUGAACGUCUUUACCUGAUUAAAAAAGAUCAAAAACAGAGAAAAUGAUGAAUAUUUGAUUUAAUGAGUGUGAGAGCCUCUGCUCUAAUCUUCAUCAAUGAAACUAAAAACACGAUUAAACAGUCUGAGAGCGCAGACUCAUCAAACUCUGACUGUGGGAUCCAGACUUUCAAAAUAAAACAGAAAAAAACAAGAUUGAGCAGGUAUCAGAGACGAACUGAAACAGGUUUAUUGAUUAUCUCUGUCUGAUCUCUGACACAAAGACGGGGGCUUUUAUUUUGAAAGGUAAUCAACAGAAAUAAUGUCAUUGUUUCCUCUUUUAAACGGCCUUUGAACCUGCACACACACACACACACACACACACACACACACACACACACACACACACACACACUCCUCUCUCUCCUCUCUUUGAUCGCCCUCUCUGCUGUGUGACAGAGCGGCCCGUAAACGUCUUCAAUUAGGACGGGUUAUUGGCAUACAAAAGCUCUGCUGCUGAGUGUGUGUGUGUGUGUGUGUGUGUGUGUGUGUGUGUGUGUGUGUGUGGGGGGGGCUGUCAGAGGAGGGGGGUUAGAUGUGGGGGGGGGGGGGGCGCUGGUGUUUUGACAGGAUGAAUAGACGGAGGAGUGGAGGAGGCUGUGAGGAGCUUUUGUUCUGCUAACAGACGGACACUUUGGAGUAACAGGAGCUCCUUCACAUCCCCGCAAACACAAGGAGCUGCUUUUAUUAUCUCGUUAGAGACGAGAGGGAGCGGCCUCAGGAGGAGGAGGGGGAGGAGGAGGAGGAGGAGGAGGAGGAAGAGGGGGGGGGCAGGUUUGAAAGGCAGAGAGUCGGUCUGAUUAUGACGAUUUUUCUUCACAGAAGAUAAAAGUUUUUAUAUAUCAGUAAAAAUCUGAUGGAGAUUAAGAUGAAGUGGCGAGGCACUCAGUCCGUUUCCAUGACACUCGAAAUAAACAAAUAAUCGCCUUUUUACGAUUAAGACCGGAGUUUGAGAACUCCGAACUCUGAGGGACGAAGUUUAAAAGACAUUUAAGGUUAAAAUGAUCGGAAAUAAAACUGAUUUUUAUGGUUUUCAGAUGAUUUCAAACCAACGUUGUCCAACAGGUUAGUCACAUGACUCUGGAAUCGCCGCAUGGAAAGGACAGCUGGACUUAGUUGAGACGUUUCGCCUCGGGCGUUUACCAAGUAGGAAAAAGCUAAAUAGGAGACGGAAACAAGAUGGCUACAUUAACGGGAGUUAUUUUAGCACUUUAGCACGCCAUCUUGUUUUUGUUUUUUUUCCGACGUUGUAACUGAAACGCUGUGAACUCGGGUGUGACGUCAUUUUCAGUUCGGACUCCUGACUUCUGAGGAAACUCGAACGCUGCGUUAAAAUCCCGUAAACACGUCAGUCGGACUGAAACCACCGUCACUCAGCGUCAGACUGACACACCUGGAUCACGAGGUCGGGGUCCACAGAACGUGACUCUGGAUCUGUUUGAGGUCGACUUUAUUUAAAUCAGUUUCAUGGAUCAACAGGAAGAAGAAGAAGAAGAAGAUUUCAGGCGCCGUUUACGUUUCUUCAAACGUUGGUAUUUUGUUCUCGGCGUACUCUUCAGUCUGUGGCGUUUAAACGUUGGAGGUCAUGAGGUCAUGAGGUCAUGAGGAUGAAAAAGGACUGACAUCUGGUUCACACUGGAAGCGCCGCGCGCGGAACGGAAGCGCCGCGCACAGAGUUUCAGAUCGGCGCCCAUGUUAACCUAUGAGACUGUUCACACAGCACGCGCGCGGCGCUUCCGCGCGCGGAACGGCUCGAGCUCUGGAGCGCGGCUGCUCCGCUUCUCUCUAUUUUUGGCGCGAGCCGCGCGCGCCGAUGUAAAGCUUAACAGAGCAGAUCGGACCAGACAGGAAGUCAGGAAGGAGAUGCGAGAGAAUCCGGUCAAUUUUCAAAAUAAAGUAAAUUUCAAUAAAUUAGAAAAAGAUUGACGGUGUUGCUUGUCGGUCUAUUUUUUUACCGGUGAACACACACACACAAACACACACACACACACACACACACACACACACACACACACACACACACACACACACACACACACACACACACGGAGGGAGAGCUGCAGAGAUUCGGUGAUGUUAUUGAGACAAAGAGGGGGGGGGGACUUUAUUACGAUACAGUCAAUAGCCUCGAGCUAACAAGGCUAUACAUACAACGGAGUCAACAGACUCCCCAAUUUAUUCGUCGUUUACCCCUAUAUAAGAUUUUAAAACAAUACUUGAAGAUGCUGCCAAUAUUUAAUUCAUGUAUGACGAAAUAAAAACGUAAAUAAAUAUUGAUAAACCCAUUUUUAAAGCGCUCGUGAGUGUGGAAAACUGAGGGCAGACGGAAACGGCCGAGCACUGCCGGGCUCAGUCGAUGUCUGACCAGUGUGUCAGAGCGCAGCAGAAAGCGCUUUCUGUGUGAACAGCCAAGCGCGAGCCGGCGCUGCGCGCGCGCGCGGCGCUUCCUGUGUGAACCAGGCGUGAGGGGUGAGGUGAAGACCGGGGGGCCGUCUGUCCCGGUAAACGCUCACGCUUGUCUGUGUUUGUGGGCGGGGCCUCAGGAUUCAUGUCCUCACCGUUCAGCUGUUUUCAUUGGUCCACAUGUCCGUGUUCGUUCCCCUCUAAUUCACCUCCGCACAGACUCCUCAUCAUCGACCAGGAGGAAGAUCAGACACUCCUCCUCCUCCUCCUCCUCAUCAACCAGGAUGAAGAUCAGACACUCCUCCUCGUCUCCUGGGACUCCUCCUCUCCCUCCUCCUCCUCCUCCUCUUCCUCUCCCUCCUCCUCCUCUCCCUCCUCCUCCUCCUCCUCCUCUCCCUCCUCCUCCUCCUCUCCCUCCUCCUCCUCUCCCUCCUCCUCCUCCUCCUCUCCCUCCUCUCCCUCCUCCUCCUCUCCCUCCUCCUCCUCCUCCUCCUCCUCUCUCUCCUCCUCCUCCUCUCCCUCCUCCUCCUCUUCCUCCUCCUCCUCUCCCUCCUCCUCCUCCUCCUCCUCCUCCUCCUCCUCUCCCUCCUCUCCCUCCUCCUCCUCCUCUCCCUCCUCCUCUCCCUCCUCCUCCUCUCCCUCCUCUCCUCCUCCUCCUCCUCCUCCUCCUCCUCCUCUCCCUCCUCCUCCUCCUCCUCUCUCCUCCUCUCUCCUCCUCCUCCUCCUCCUCCUCCUCUCUCUCCUCCUCCUCCUCUCCCUCUCCUCCUCUCCCUCCUCCUCCUCCUCCUCUCCCUCCUCCUCCCUCCUCCUCCUCCUCCUCCUCCUCCUCUCCCUCCUCCUCCUCCUCCUCCUCCUCCUCCUCCUCUCUCCUCCUCUCCCUCCUCCUCCUCCUCUCCCUCCUCCUCUCCCUCCUCCUCCUCUCCCUCCUCUCCCUCCUCCUCCUCUUCCUCCUCCUCCUCUCCCUCCUCCUCUCCCUCGUCCUCCUCCUCUCCCUCCUCUCCCUCCUCCUCCUCCUCUCCCUCCUCUCCCUCCUCCUCCUCCUCCUCCUCCUCCUCCUCCUCCUCCUCCUCUCUUCUUCCUCACACAGGAGGUGAACGUCCAUCAUAACACCAGGAGAUUUAACUCACCGCCAUCCUGCCGUUCAGGGAGCGCCUCUGCUUCUUUGACACAUUAUUACCCAUGAUGCUUUGUGCCUGUUCCACUUGACGUGGGGCGAGGGUGACCCGGGUGUGUUCAGGAGUUUGAGGGACGGGAAGAGCAAAGAGAAACGGAAGAAAAAGAAAGUACAGACAGAAAUAAACCACAGGAAGACAGCUGGGCUUUUAUUUUGAAAGGUUCAUCUGCAGCGAACACAGUCGUCUAAUAAACCAGGAAACCUGCAGAGGAGACGACACCUUCAGGUCGUCUCUGUGAGGUCAAAAUACUCCUGAAGGUCACAGAAACCUUCACACCGGAAAACUGACGGACUCACAGAGAGAGUGGAUUUUACAGGCACAUUCUACAUUCAACAGCUCUAUGUUAACAGACAGAUUCUACAUUCAACAGCUCUAUGUUAACAGACAGAUUCUACAUUCACAGCUCUAUGUUAACAGACAGAUUCUACACUCACAGCUCUAUGUUUACAGACAGAUUCUACACUCACAGCUCUAUGUUAACACAGAUUCUACAUUAAACAGCUCUAUGUUUACAGACAGAUUCUACACUCACAGCUCUAUAUUCACAGACAGAUUCUACACUCACAGCUCUAUGUUUACAGACAGAUUCUACACUCACAGCUCUAUAUUCACAGUCAGAUUCUACACUCACAGCUCUAUGUUAACAGACAGAUUCUACACUCACAGCUCUAUGAUUUUAAACAGAUUCUACACUCACAGCUCUAUAUUCACAGACAGAUUCUACACUCAAAGCUCUAUGAUUUUAAACAGAUUCUACACUCACAGCUCUAUGUUUACAGACAGAUUCUACACUCACAGCUCUAUGUUUACAGACAGAUUCUACACUCACAGCUCUAUGAUUUUAAACAGAUUCUACACUCACAGCUCUAUGUUAACAGACAGAUUCUACACUCACAGCUCUAUGAUUUUAAACAGAUUCUACACUCACAGCUCUAUGUUUACAGACAGAUUCUACACUCACAGCUCUAUAUUCACAGACAGAUUCUACACUCACAGCUCUAUGUUAACAGACAGAUUCUACACUCACAGCUCUAUGAUUUUAAACAGAUUCUACACUCACAGCUCUAUGUUAACAGACAGAUUCUACAUUCAACAGCUCUAUGAUUUUAAACAGAUUCUACAUUCACAGCUCUAUAAUUAUAGAGAUUCUACAUUCAACAGCUCUAUGAUUUUAAACAGAUUCUACAUUCACAGCUCUAUGAUUUUAAACAGAUUCUACACUCACAGCUCUAUGAUUUUAAACAGAUUCUACAUUCACAGCUCUAUGAUUUUAAACAGAUUCUACACUCACAGCUCUAUAUUCACAGACAGAUUCUACAUUCACAGCUCUAUGUUUACAGACAGAUUCUAUACUCACAGCUCUAUGAUUUUAAACAGAUUCUACACUCACAGCUCUAUAUUCACAGACAGAUUCUACACUCACAGCUCUAUGUUAACAGACAGAUUCUACAUUCACAGCUCUAUGAUUUUAAACAGAUUCUACACUCACAGCUCUAUGUUUACAGACAGAUUCUACACUCACAGCUCUAUGUUAACAGACAGAUUCUACAUUCAAAGCUCUAUGAUUUUAAACAGAUUCUACACUCACAGCUCUAUGUUAACAGACAGAUUCUACACUCACAGCUCUAUGAUUUUAAACAGAUUCUACACUCACAGCUCUAUGUUAACAGACAGAUUCUACACUCACAGCUCUAUGUUUACAGACAGAUUCUACACUCACAGCUCUAUAUUCACAGACAGAUUCUACACUCACAGCUCUAUGUUUACAGACAGAUUCUACACUCACAGCUCUAUGUUAACAGACAGAUUCUACACUCACAGCUCUAUGAUUUUAAACAGAUUCUACACUCACAGCUCUAUGUUUACAGCUCUAUGUUUACAGACAGAUUCUACACUCACAGCUCUAUAUUCACAGACAGAUUCUACACUCACAGCUCUAUAUUCACAGUCAGAAUCUACACUCACAGCUCUAUGUUGAUCCUGUCCCCGUUUCUGUCUCAGGUCUGUUGUUUUUUCUGACCUCUGUGGAGGACACACACGGAUGUUUUCCUGUUUUCUGUCGUCCUCUCCCGCCCCUGAGAUCGUCCCUGACCUCCACAGUCCCGUCACGGGGGGGUGGGUGGUGUUGUUCGGAGCCUGUUUUCGGCCUCCACCCCCCUCAGGUUCCUCCUCCAUACCCAGGUUGUGGUGGAUUUCCUGCUGCAGCAGAAAUCACAGAGGACUCCGAGUUGAAGACGGGAAACAAUGAGCGGCGCCGUGGUGAAGAUGAAACAGAUUUGUUGAUGCGGAGAAUAAAAGAAUAAAUCAGAUUUCGCUCAUUAACGCGCCGAGAGCGGACCUCUCCAAUCUGCUGCGUGACAGGAUGAGGCAGAAGAAAGGUGUCAGGUGUGCUGAUGAAAGCGCCGCGUCUCUCUGAAGUGGGUUUUAGCGAGCCUCUGAGACCUCAAACGGGCUUUUUAGGGACUUAAUGGAUUCGUUGGAUUUUAAACUUUAGCGCUCCUUCAGGGAGGUUCACUGCGAGUCUUAUAUAAUGAAACAAUUAGAGUUAGCGCUGAAUUAUCUUCAUUAAUGCAGAACAUGCUCCUCCUGUGUACAGACGCCGUGAUUUCAUGUUCUCAGCAGGGAUUUACUCCGACCAUGUUUACUCCAACACUUCAUCCUCUUUGUUUUUUCUUCUAUGUUUACUUUUUAAUCGUCUUCAGUGGUUUCUGUGUCUCUGUCCUCUGAGUUUGAACAAAAAUAAAGGUUUUUAAACCAAAUACUGAAUAAAAUCAUAUUUAAAUAUAAUUAUUCUGUUUUAGAAAGAGAGAAAUCUAAAGAGCCGCUCUGCGAAAGGACGGCACAGACGAGUCAUGUUGUUGUUUGUUAUUGUUUACUUUGUUAUUUUGUUUGUUUACUUUGUUUAUGAUGUUUCUUUGUUAUUGUUUGUUUAUGAUGUUGGUUUUGUUUGUUUUUUGUUUGUUUAUGUUGGUAUUUUUGUUCAUUUUUAUUAUUGUGUUCUUUGUUUAUUAUCGUUUGUUCACUCUGUUGUUUGUUAUUGUUUACUUUGUUAUUUUGUUUGUUUACUCUGUUGUUGUUUGUUGACUUUGUUGUUGUUUUGUUUGUGUUUGUUUCAGAGCGAGGAGGACGACAGCACCAGUGUGGCGGCUUCUUCUGUCAUGGUGAGUUAAAGACAAAAACUCAAUAUGGAGUCAGAAGCUCCUGCUCUGUGCGUGCGCGUGUGUGUGUGUAUUAGUGUGUGUGUAUGUGCGUGUGCGUGCGUGUGUGUGUGUGUGUGUGUAUGUGCGUGUGCGUACGUGUGUGUGUGUGUAUUAGUGUGUGUGUGUGUGUGUGUGUGUAUUAGUGUGUGUGUGUGUAUGUGCGUGUGCGUGUGUGUGUGCGUGCGUGUGUGUGUGCGCACCGCCCCGUCCUGCAGCCCGUGUGUUUCCUGAACAGCAGCGAGCCGUCAGCGAGUUCACACACUGUGUAUAAACAGAUCCUCCCCCUUCAUGCUGUUCCCAUGGCGAUAGCCCAUAAUAACUGCAUCCCCCCUCCUGAUUGGCUGUCACGCCUCCCACUGACCGCUCUCUGACUGGAACCAGCAGGAUGAACUGGUCUGAGAGGAUUCAGGUGGUUCCAGGUGAGCCGUGAGGACGAGACGACAGGAAGGUGAUCUGAGAGCAGCAGGAGGACUUCCUGUUGGUCCUGAAGACACGGACAGAGGACACUGAGGACAGGAGAGGACACUUAGGACAGGAGGGGACACUGAGGACAGGGGGGACACUGAGGACAGGAGGGGACACUGAGGACAGAGGAGACACUGAGGAUAGGAGGACACACUGAGGACGGGAGGGGACACUGAGGACAGGAGAGGACACUGAGGACAGAGGGGACACUGAGGACAGGGGGGGACACUGAGGACAGAGGACACUGAGGACAGGAGGGGACACUUAGGACAGGAGAGGACACUGAGGGCAGGAGGGGACACUGAGGACAGAGGACACUGAGGACAGGAGGAGACACUGAGGACAGGAGGGGACACUGAGGACGGGGGGGACACUGAGGACAGAGGACAGUGAGGACAGGAGGAGACACUGAGGACAGGAGGGGACACUGAGGACAGGGGGGACACUGAGGACAGGAGGGGACACUGAGGAUGGAGGGGACACUGAGGACAGGAGGGGACAAUGAGGACAGAGGACACUGAGGACAGAGGGGGACACUUAGGACAGGAGGAGACACUGAGGAUGGAGGGGACACUGAGGACAGGGGGGACACUGAGGACAGGAGGGGACACUGAGGAUGGAGGGGACACUGAGGACAGGAGGGGACAAUGAGGACAGAGGACACUGAGGACAGGAGGGGACACUGAGGACAGGAGGGGACACUGAGGAUGGAGGGGACACUGAGGACAGGAGGGGACACUGAGGACAGAGGACACUGAGGACAGGAGGGGACACUGAGGACAGGAGAGGACACUGAGGACAGGAGGGGACACUGAGGACAGAGGACACUGAGGACAGGAGGGGACACUGAGGACAGGAGAGGACACUGAGGACAGAGGACACUGAGGACAGGAGGGGACACUGAGGACAGAGGACACUGAGGACAGGAGGGGACACUGAGGACAGGGGGAGACACUGAGGACACUGAGGAUAGGAGAGGACACUGAGGACAGAGGACACCGAGGAUGGAGGACAGGAGGACACUUAACGCCUCUAAAGACUUGACUGAGUCUCAGACCCUCUGAGUGGGUCGGCCUCUCACAAAAACCUGGUCUGGUUUUUCAGGAUCCUUCAUUAGACUCUGAUUUCACAACUUCACCAACAACAGAAGACCCCGCUGUCCACAGGGGGCGCCAAAAUGACCAAAAACUGAAAGAUCCGACAAGACCGAUAAAAACAUCCAAAUCCAGCAGAUCUGGUUUAGAGACGAAAACUGUUUGAACUUUGACCUUUUCCAGCUGAUCUUUAAACGAUGAUAAAUUGACUCCGCCCCCCCACAGUCGCUGUUCCACCGGGUCCAGCUGGACCCUCUGGAGAAGGACUGGUUAAAGAGCUCAGCGCUGGGAAACAUGGCCGCCAUGAGCCACCUGCUCGCCCAGGAGCCCAACCUGGUCAUGAAGAAGGUACAGAACCCGACUUCAUGGUUUUUAUCUGCUGUUAUUUAAGUUAAUUAACGCCGUCGAGGUCGUUAACGUCCUCGUUAACUGACUGAGGACGGUCAUGUGACUGUUGUGUCUCUGUUUCUGCUCCGCCUCCAUCAGGACUUCGUCACGGUGAGUUCAGAGGUUCCUGUUCUGGUGUUUGUGUAGUUCCAGUCUGAGGAGUUCUGGAUCGGUUCUGGAGGAGGUUCUGUUGAUGAAACCUGUCUCAGGUUUAUUAAUGGAUCCCAGAGUCACUCCUUUAAAUCAGCUGACUCUGAUUCCUGCAUGUGUUCGAUCCAACAUGGCAGCGGCGGCGGCGCUCAGAUUAACCUGGUCGUCUCCAGUUUAAUCAGCAGCUCGUGGUUAAAUCCGUCCUCGGCGGGCGGGCGGGCGGACGCUCUCGGCUCGCAGAAACACGAUGGACGUGUGAGAGAGCGAGGGUCAGAGGAAACAAUCGGAUUAAGACGAGGAAACGUUCAAAGAGCCGCAAACAAACGAGGAGGUAAUCGUCUUAGACCUGAACGAGGGGGCGGGGUUAAAGGAUCCUAUUAGUGUGGACCGGGGGGGGGCGGAUCAACUCUGAUUGGACAGUUUUAAUUCAGCGCUGUGAUCAGGACGGACUGAACCCUGCAGAGACACCAUCACAGAUCUAGAGUUUGAUCUAUGUUAGUAUUUCUAUACCAGUAAUCUGACAGAUUUAUGACGACGGCGUCCUGAGAACGAGACUCUUUAUGUGAGGACGUUUCACAGCCAAUCAGAGGCGAAGGAGGCGGGACCUUCCCCUACCAUCCUCCAAAAAAAUAUCACGUCCAGGCCCCUGUUCUACGAAGCAGGAUUACUGCUUAGCGAGGCGAGUCUCCAUGGCAACGUGCGCUGAACGGCUAACCUGCUCCGGGGCAGGUUAGGUUCCAGAUUGAACUCACCGAGUAUAAAACCCCGCCCACUGACCAAUGAGCUCUCUCGAAAAACGGCUUGUCCGUUCUCGGAGGAUCCUGUAGACCUCGGUGCUCGCAUUGUCCGAGGAGGAGCACUCCGGCUCGCGAGAGUUUUCAGGGAGAGUUUUCUCCGGAUGACCACCUUUAUGAAUAGAAUAGAAUAGAAUAGAAUAUUCCUUUAUUGAUCCCCCAUGGGGGAAAUUUUUUUGUCACAGCAGCAUCACAGACAAGACAAAAAGUGCAAAAAUGCAGUUAUAACAAUAAGGGUCCUAAUAUUAAGAACUUAAAUAAAUGUAAUAAUUAAAAAAAAAAUUAGAAAAGGGAGAAGAAAAAAUAAAGCUUUCUACAAUAUACACAAUUUAAAUGCCAUAAAAAAAAAAAAAAAAGGUAAAAAAGGUAAAAAAGGUUAUGAAAGGCUCAUAUAGCCGACAUAUUACACAAAAACAUGUAAACACGAUAGGAAUGAACACAUGAAUGAUUCAUCUUGGGAAUGAAUGGGCAUGAGCUGAUCACAGACAACAUCUCGGUACUAUUUAGUAGCAGCACACGCCCCUUAUAAUAACCCGGUAAAUACUGUUGUUCAGGACUGCUUACUUGUGCUUCCUACCUACUGUAAUAACCGUUGUUUUAGCCCACAUGCAACAUUUUUGUUCUCAUUCAUGAAACGCUUAAAUCAGGGACAUUUUCGGGGACAGCUUUAGCCGGGGACAGAUCAUCCAAUUCGGGGACUGUCACCUUAGUUAAAAGCGCAUGUUGAACAGCGCUAUUUCAGGGUGAUAAUGGCAUCAAAGAUUAAUUUUCUGACAGCGUUCCCUCCGUGCUUUUGCAGCGGCGACGGUGUUUCUUUUGAGGUUUAUGAUAGAUUUGAAUUCAUGAUACUUUCUCAUGAUCGUCUCCUGUUCCUCGUUUGUAAAGUCUGCGGUCCUUCGCUCUCCGUCCUGCUCUGACGCUCCAGACUGAUCCAUGUUCACGAUUGGUCAGAUGCGGCGGGCUCCGCCUUACAUGCGUGCACGCGCUCAUAGCAAAGCUGGAUCAACUUACGAGGUUGAUAACCAGCGUCGUAAAACCGCUCAGCGAGACCGCUGGCUACCGCGCUAAGUUGAGUGAGGAAGCUCCAAGGCUACCUCGCUAGGUUGAAACUGCUUCGUAGAACAGGCCCCUGGACCACAGAAGGUUAACCCCGACGUCGGCCUCAUUUCUUCUGUUCUUCUACAGCAGCUUGAAAAAAUAUAUUUUCUUCUUCCGCUGCAGAAAGUAGUCCCAAAACAAACAAACAAACAAACAAACAAACAAACAAACAAACAAACAAACAAACAGACAAACAGACAAAGUAAAGCGCCGAACAAGCGUAACGUUAUUUUCUCUGUUCUUCCACCAGAGAAAGUAGUCCCUCAGAACUCCGCCCCUCUACCACAGAAGAAAACACCCAGCAGAGCCACAGAACACCCCCAGAAUGUAACGAUAUCCCCCUCCUCCAGAGAAAGUAGUCCCUCAAUAGUGCAUUACUGUGUUCUUCCUCCAGAGAAAGUAGUCCCUCCAGACAGAGUUGGUUUUUAGUCGAUCCGUUUAAUCAGAUUAUGGUCCUGAUAAUAACCGAGUCCACCUGAACCCGGCUCAGUCGGAGAGGUCACCUCAGAUCAGGUGAACCAGGUCAGGUAAAUUUAGACACCUGUCCGGGUCAGACUGAUCACUGUAACAAUAGAACAGACGAGCAGCUGAGACCAGUUUAGAACCGGGUCACAGAGCAGAAUAACAGGACAGCCUCUGAAGGGGGGUAGGUUUUCCAGGACCGGAUCUGGAGACAGAAGGACAGAGGAGCUACUUUAGACCAGAUUACCACCUCAGUGAUCAGCUGAUGGAGAACCGGUAUCACUGCUCUGGACCGCAGCGCGCCGUAAAGGAACUACUUUUUUACUGACAACCUGAGAGGAGGAACACAGAGGUCAGAGGUCAGGAGGUCAGAGAAGUUCAGAGACUGAGAACGUGGAGAAGUUCCUCCAGCUGAACCGUUAGAACCACAACCUCUCAGAACCUUUAAGAACCUCUCAGAACCUUUAGAACCUCUCAGAACCUCUCAGAACCUUUAAAAACCUCUCAGAACCUCUCAGAACCUUUAGAACCUCUCAGAACCUCUCAGAACCUCUCAGAACCUUUGACCCGGUUGUUUCUUUACUUUAAUUCAUCCAGAUCCAUCAUCAGAGGGUCCCGGUUUUUCAUGUUGGUCGUAGACUCUGAAUGGACCCUCAGGAGGUUCUGACCUGUCCGGUAUCGUCCCGCUUGUGUUUGCUCUGAUACCUGAUCUAGAAUGGUUCUGAUGGAGUUCUGAUCCGGUGUCUCUCUCUCUCUCUCUCUCUCUCUGAUGACCUGCUGUGAACCCGUCCAACACAAAGGGGGUAAGUCACACACACACACACACACACACACACACACAUAUAAACACACACUCCUCACCUCCGUCUCUCAGUCUGCACCGUCUGAUCGGCUCCAUGUUCGGAUGUUUGAGGCUCUCUGAAGUGUGUUUAUGUGUGCGUGUGUGUGUGUGUGUGUGUGUGUGUGUGGGGGGGGGGGGUCGACUAACUAACCGCCUAAUAAAAGAAAACAAAUAUUACAGAGACUAAAGAGGAAACAAACAGAGAGAGUCUGAAAAAUAUCAGGGAGGAAAAAUCAAACGAAUGAGACACAGAACAGAAAAAGAUUCAAAGACCUGAAAAAGAGAGAGAGAGAGAGAGAGAGGGAGAGAGAGGGAGAGAGAGAGAGAGAGAGAGAGAGCACGAAAACUGUGACCCCAGGUGACCUCAGGUGACCUUAAAGAUCCACUAAACCAACAAUCUAAAGACAAAGAGGCAGAAACGGACCGAAGGACGGACAGAGAGCAGAAGUCCUGAUCUGAGGAGGUCUCCGUGUUCAUCGUCCGUGUUCGUCUUUGUGUCUCUCUGUGUUCAGUCACAUCUCUGUACCCUCAGGCCCAUCGUCUGUGAUUUAUCAGCUGGACGCUGCAGCGGGAUGUAAGAUUCACGCUCAUUACAGAGCGGCGCCACGGUCGGCGGCUCAGACUACAGGGACGUGUAAUGACGGUGUAAUUACACGCUAAUUAAUAUUUGAGCAAACAGCCGGCCUGGAGGGACGCCGCUCGCCUCCUCAGCAGAUAGGAGGGACUGAUUCGAUCACAAUCAGCUACAAGAUCUCAAACUCACUCCGAGUCCAGCGUCUCCACGCCGUCCUCCUGUUUUUCUAGAAGACCAGAUUUCACAGUUCGGCGGUGAGGAGGGAAACGAAAGACAAAAACGAGCACAGGGAGACACGGACACGCCAAAAAGAGACAGAGGAGACAACAAAGAGUCAGAGACGAUCAAAGAGACACAAAGACUCAGAAAAGACACGAGCAGACGCUGGACAGACACAGGAGCAGCGUCAGGAGACAAAAAAAGGACACAGAGGGACAUCAAAUAACGAAAGAGUGACCAAAAUCAACAAAACCGGAGAAAAAGAAAGAACAAGUGUGACGAGAAUCACCAGGAACGGCUCUGACCCAAACCAGAGUCCAGAAGAACAGGAGGUUCUGAAGAGAGGAGAGACAGACGGAGGAGAAGAAUCUGGAACAAAGGUCAAAACACAGGAGAGAAGGACACAGGUGAGGUAAUGAGGGAGGAGCAGAAACACGAGGGGCGGGGCUAAAAGGACAGAGACAGAGGCGAGUAAAAUCACGGAAAAGGGAAUAACUAACAAAAUAAAAAUAACCAAAAAAAACACACAGGAGCGAGAUCAGGGACAAAAAAACAAAACAAAGUAACAAAAGAAGGAAAUUAACAACAAUGAACACGGACAAGACGACGACAUAGAGACAUAGAGUUACCACAAAGACACAUAGAGUUACUACAAAGACACAUAGAGUUACUACAGAGACACAUAGAGUUACCACAAAGACACAUAGAGUUACUACAAAGACACAUAGAGUUACUACAGAGACACAUAGAGUUACCACAAAGACACAUAGAGUUACUACAAAGACACAUAGAGUUACUACAGAGACACAUAGAGUUACUACAAAGAUACAUAGAGUUACUACAAAGACACAGAGUUACCACAAAGACACAUAGUUACUACAAAGACACAUAGAGUUACCACAAAGACACAUAGAGUUACUACAAAGACACAGAGUUACCACAAAGACACAUAGAGUUACCACAAAGACACAAAGUUACUACAGAGACACAUAGAGUUACUACAAAGACACAUAGAGUUACCACAAAGACACAUAGAGUUACUACAAAGACACAUAGAGUUACUACGUUGACACGUCGGUCGGGACAGACCUGUCUUUGAUCUCAGCUUGAGUCUGGUCGUCUCUCUGAUAGGAGGGAUCAGACUGUUUGUUUGAGGUUUGGGAACUUCGUCCACUGUUGGAUGAUGAUGACUCUCCUCCUUUAGACGGCUCAGUCCAUCACAGUGUUCAUCUGGACUCUGGUUCAGAUUAUAAAUGUCUGAUCCUACAGCAGCAGAACUUCAGCUGGGUCUCCUCUGGUCCAGCAGAUGUUCUCCAGACUCGGUCUAGAGUCCAGACCCACGAACAGAGAGACCUUCAGAGGAGCCCAGUCUUUGAAAGUCCUCCUCACUGAAGCUCAGGAGCUGCUGAAGGACCCCUCCUCCAUAUGGCCUCUCCUGACGCGCCUCCUCCUCCUUCUCCUCCUCCCCCCGGUGGACAGAUGCAGGAUGACGUCAUCAGUCGUCUCACUCGUGUUUCUCUCCUUUUUAAAAUGGAGGACGUGACAUUCUCGCCUGUUUGAUGUCAGAGCUCCGCCUUCAGACUCUCCGCCGUCACUCCUCAGACACCGCCAGGCCGACAGACGCCCGGCACACCCAGAUCCACUGCUGCUGAGCAGUUUGCCGUUUGUGCCGGGUCACUGAUGGCGCCUCCCUCCCCCGUCUCCUCCCUCUGGUCUCUGUUACAGGACGAUUUGGCUGGUUAAUGGAGGAGGGAGCGUCCCGCCGAGGUGGACAGGUGUCCGUCAUGUUAGCUAACGUGUGAAAGUGGAACCUGCAGAGACCCGUGAUCCAGGUCCAGAGUCUGUGCUGUUAGCUUAAAAACCCAGUAACAGGUGCUGGUUCCAGAACUUUGACUGCUGACCUUAGACCAGACGGUCGGACGGGGAUGAAGGAGGGAUGAGACCAGGACCAGGAUGAGGAGAAUGAGAACUGGUUUUCUGUUUGGAGGUUUCCUUCGAUGAUAUCAGAACAAAGAUCAGAACCAGAACCAGGACCAGAAUUCUUUUUAUUGUCAUUAUCCAGAAGGAGCAACGAGACAGGAGAGCUUCUGCAUGUUCAGGGCAGGAGAUACAAGAAAAGAAACAGAGACUGAAUAAAAGUACAGAAAUAUUUGUAAGAAAUAACAAUAUAUAAAUAAUAAUAAGAAUUAUUAUUAUUAUUAUGAUAAUAAUAAUAAUAAUAAUUAUUAUUAUCAUAAUAAUAAUAAUAAUAAUAAUAAUAAUGAUAAUAAAAAUUACAGACUAUAAACAAGAUAAAAUCCUCUCGACAGUGAAAAAUGAAACAUUUAUACAAGAAUAAGAAUGAAGAUGAAUUUGAAUAAUAACAUUUAUAAAUUUAAAUAAAUAUAUAAUUCUUAUAUAUAAUAAUAAUGAGGUAGGAUUCACAGAGCAGCAGUGCUAAUAUGUUGCUCUGUUAUAUUGAAAAAGACUCAGAAUGAAAUUUCUCUGAGAGGUCCAAGAGAAGGUUCUGCAGAACCUCCUAAAAUAAAGAAAAUACAGAAUCAGAACCGAGCAGAACCGCCGUCCUCUGACAGAAUCGAAACUGUGAGCAGAGCGUCUCUCACAGCUCCUAAUACCUCUACUGUCAGUGUGUGUGUGUGUGUGUGUGUGUGUGUGUGUGUGUGUGUGUGUGUGUGUGUGCGUGUGCGCGGCUCAGCUGGACUCUCUGAGUGUCGGAAAGGUCCGGUGAGCGAGGCGGGGUUCUGUUAGCACCUGCUAAUGAAAACUGCUGAAUGAGGCGCGUCAUUGGUCAGACCAGCAGAGAUCGGCGCUCGCUCUCAGCAGUUAGUCCAGUUUACAGGGACCACACCAGGGUUGGGGGGGGGGGACGAAGUCCAGGUCUGACCUGGAGGACCCAGACCAAAACCGAUCAGUGACAGUUUUUAUUUUUACACGUCUGUUAAAUCAGGAAAUGUCCGCAGAAAAGCAGCAGAAAAACGCACCAAUGAGGAGCUCCGAGGUUAAAGGGACAUUUCACUCAGUCCGUUUCCAUGACAAUCGAGAAAACCGAAUUAUCGCCUUAUUCCGAUGAAGACCGAAUAACUGAAGGUCAUGUAAACACCUUAGUCCGACUAUAAUCAGAGUUUGAGAACUCUGAUUAAGAGUGGGGUCAGAAACAGCGCCGCUGAAAAGACCCAUAUCGCCCCCUAGUGUUGGGGAGGAGGACACCGUUAUGAUCUUAGUCAGAUUAAACUGUGGCUGUGAACGCUCGGAGUGUUUGUGGGGUCAGGUCUUAAAGAACUUCGUCUCAUCAGUGUUUGAGUCUCAGAGGACGUGGGUCAGAUCAGCUCCUUUAAUGAGAAACUGCAGAGAGGGACGGUCUCCACAGAGCUCGACCACAGGCUCUGACCAGGGUUCAGGUCCAUGAGCAGACUCACCUGUUAACUGCAGAGACAGACCCGGGUCGGGGUUUUUCAGGCUCUCUUUUGGUGACCAUGGUCUGUGGACUGAGGAGGACGGGGGUGGGGACACAUUCAUACACUACCAUGAGACCAGGGUCUGAUCCUGAGAGUACCAGCUGACUGUAGACUGUAGACGGUGAAGUGUGUGUGUGUCUCUAACAGCUCUGUGUCCGUCCUCUCCUGCUCUCGGAAACUUCUGGAAACAUGUUCAGUUUGUAAGUUCACUCUGUGUUUGUAGAGCCGAUGUUAAAGUGCUGUCAGUGUGUUAGCGUUAGCAUCUGUGUGGGUCACCAGAAGUACGUGUUUACAGAGAGAGAGAAGGUUCCUGAAGGUUCCUCACCAUGGACGGAGGUCCUCAGUCUGAUAACAGAAGCUCCACAGGCUUCAGUAAGACCGAGGAGAGAGACUCUAACAGAGGAGAGACUCUAACAGAGGAGAGACUCUAACAGAGGAGAGACUCUAACAGAGGAGAGAGCGGAGGAUUAGUGAGAAAAAACAAGUUUAAAUACAAUUAAAUAACAACAACAAUGAAAUACUGUAAACAGAGAGGGCCUGACUGAGUAUUAUUAUUAUUAUUAUUAUUAUUAUUAUUAUUAUUAUUAUUAUUCAAUUAAAAGUCAAACAAUAAUAAUUAUAAUAACAACAAUUUAUCGUUUAAUUAUUAAUAAUGAAUUUUAUAAUAAAUAAAAAACAAAAAAUAAGAACAAUAAUAAUAAUAAUUAAUUAUAUUUUUCUAAUAGUUAUAAUAAUAUUAAUUAUUAUUAUUAUUUUUAUUAUUAUUUAUAUCAUAAUUUUUAUUUGUGUUAUCAUUGUUAUAAAUUAUUGUUAUUAUUUUAUUAUCAUAAUUAUUAUUAUUAUUAUUAUUAUAUCAUAAUUUUCCUCAGUCUCACGUUUCUGUUGAUCUGUUUUUCAAAAUUUCUCACUUUUAUUAAAAUUUUCCGGAGUCUUAUUUUAACCUUCUCUCUCAGAGUUGACAGGAAGUGUUUUACCGCCAAAACAAGAGCGCAGCUUGUCUCCAUUUUAGAGGUCCUAAUUAAACAGGAGGAGAGUUUGGUGUUAAUGACACGGUCACAGUGAUGGAGACGGAGUGAAGCUCGUUAAAAACAGACAUCAGUGUGAACAGUGGAGAUGGGACCAGCGUCCUUGACCGGGGCUCUAUAGCAGAGAACUCACUGAAGCUCUUCUCAUUAUUAUUAUUAUUAUUCUUAUUAUUAUCAUUAUUAUUAUUAUUAUUAUUAUUAUCAUUAUUAUUAUUAUUAUUAUUAUUAUUAUCAUUAUUAUUACGAGUGUCUCUGCAGCUCACAGACUCAUCUGUUUAAUGAAGCAUGAAUCCAAAAGUCUGUGAAUCUGCUCUCACACUUCAGGAUCAAUAUCUGUGUCUGCAGGGAGAGGCUGGAGCUUCACAGGCGUAUUCAGGACACUGUGGGUUAAAAAUAAAGAAGAGACGAAGAGAGAGGAUGUUUCCAGAAAUAAAACAGACCAGAUUCUCAGAUUAAUGAAGAAAUCUAAGAAUGAAACUCUUCAGACUGAGAAAUAAACCAAAGACAGGAGGGAGAAGAAACCGUCCCUUUAAAUAAAAACACAACUUAUAAUAUCUGAUCAAUAAUCAAACAUAUUUCAGGAGAUUCAUGGUGUUAAUCUCAGAGAAUAUUCACUUUAUAAUUUUCUGUUUUUAUAUUUGAUCUGAGAUUUUAAAUGAAUAAAGAAGAUAACAUGAUGAGUGUGUGUGUGUGUGUGUGUGUGUGUUCAGACAGCACUUCACUGGGCAGCCAAGCAGGGCCGUCAGGACGCCGUGGACAUGAUGCUUCGCUCUGGAGCCGACGUCAACGCCAGAUCGGUGAGUGUGAUAUUUCCACAGCAUAAAUCAGAAGAGUGUGUGUGUGUGUGUGUGUGUGUGUGUGUGUGUGUGUUAGAACCUGUCAUGCACUUUAAUAGCAGCAGUCGGACCUCUGCUGCAUAAACAAUCUCAGAAACGUCUCGUCCUGUCUUCUUGUCUUCAGGUUCUGCAUGAAAAUCAGCCUUUAAAGGAGCAGUCCGCUGUUUUUACGGGACUCUCCUCACACCUCUGUCAGAGCCUCUUAGAACGAAGUCUUUUAAUAACAGGAAAAUAAACACCAGAGUUAGAUUAGUCCUGACCCUUCAAAAUAAAAGUCUUCAAUCAUUUCAUGUAAAUUUAGACUCUCGACUGAAAACUGAUUCUUAUGUCUGUGUUUUUCUGUUUGUGAAUCUGAGGUCCACUGUGUUGUCAUGGUGAUGACAUGUUACUGUACGUCCGAGUCCGACAUGGUGACCCCCACACACCCCCCAGCCCCCCACGGUCUGGAUUAGUGGUUUAGACGUCUCAUUUAGGUCCUCGAUUGGUUUCUGUGUCAGUGUCACAGUGAAUAAAACUGGAGUGAAAACACACACAAACGCACACACACACACACACACACACACUCAGGGCGCCCUGUGUGUGUGUGUGUGUGUGUGUGUGUGUGUGUUUCUUAAUGGUUUCUGGAGAAUUCAAUUUAGCGUCUCGGAGUGUUGCUCUCCUCCUCCUCCUCUUCCUCCUCCUCCUCCUCCUCCUCCUCCUCCUCCUCCUCCUCUCAGGAGAUAACGCUCAGACCUCAGCAGAGCCAAUCAGAGCAGACUCUUCUCUGAUUGGCUCCAUAAUCACAGAAUUAACUUCUUGUCUCUAAUCGUUAGCGGGGUAACGGCUCCGAUAAAAAGACCCUCAGCUGCAGCAGCCGGCUAAUCAGAAAUCAAUAAUCCAUAAAAAGGCGUUAAGAGGAGAACGGCUCGUUUGACUGAUGGACUCAGGAGCUUCAGGGGACGGAUCCUCCUGGAGUCAGAGGGUCUGUGUCCUCUGAUCCUGAUCCUGAACCUGGGUCUGGAGGUUUUUAGUCAGUCUGGUUCUCAGGCUGGUUUAAGGGUCUGAGUCUGAGGACCCUCUACAUCAGGAGGAAGGCUGUUCAACAGUGAACUUCAGCCAAUCAGGAUCUACUUCCUGUUUUGUCCCAGCUGGAGUUGUCUGGUCUUCAUCUUCUUCUGUGAGGCUCUUUGUUUCUCUGACCUCUUUGAUGAUCAACAGAGAAGAAGUUUGUCUGAUUUGAUGUUUUCUAGUUUCUUCAAAAAAAGGUUGAAACUUCAUCUCCAUAAAUUUGAUCAAACUCAGAAAUCUUCGUUUAAACGCAGUAACGUCUCAUGAAGAUGCUAAAAGUCAUCAGUGUGAGGAAGACCAACAUCAACAGAAGGUUCAAUAACAGCUUCAGCUCAGUGGAAACUUUAAAGAGAGGAGAAACAGUUCUGAUGGUUCUGAUGGAGACCUUCACAGACCUUCACAGACCUUCACAGACCUUCACAGACCUUCACAGACCUUCACAGGGACGGAUAAUCAAACCAGGUCAAACAGGUUCAUGUCCACCUGUUCAUGAAGUCCUAAAGCUGGGCCUGUCUCAGGUGACCCUUCAGGACCUGGUUCAUGGACCAGGAUGUUAAAGCGGUCCUUUUUCAGGUCCCCUGGUGUCUCUUUAGGGUCCCUCUGUGGAGGUCCUGGUGUCUCUUUAGGGUCCCUCUGUGGAGGUCCUGGUGUCUCUUUAGGGUCCCUCUGUGGAGGUCCUGGUGUCUCUUUAGGGUCCCUCUGUGGAGGUCCCGGUGUCUCUUUAGGGUCCCUCUGUGGAGGUCCCGGUGUCUCUUUAGGGUCCCUCUGUGGAGGUCCUGGUGUCUCUUUAGGGUCCCUCUGUGGAGGUCCUGGUGUCUCUUUAGGGUCCCUCUGUGGAGGUCCUGGUGUCUCUUUAGGGUCCCUCUGUGGAGGUCCUGGUGUCUCUUUAGGGUCCCUCUGUGGAGGUCCUGGUGUCUCUUUAGGGUCCCUCUGUGGAGGUCCUGGUGUCUCUUUAGGGUCCCUCUGUGGAGGUCAUGGAGUCUUUGGUCGUCUGCUGUCACAGCUGAUCUUUCAGAUGUUUGUGUGGACAGUUCCUCUCUGAGAUGACCUCCUGGUGGUCCAGUCAGACUUCUCGCUCAUGUUUAUUGGUGGUUUCUCCUCCGGUACGCUCGCUCUGAUUCGCUCUGAUUCGCUCUGAUUCUGUGAAUUUUAGACAAACUCUCUUCAGAUUUCAUCUCUGUGAACUAAAUUCUUUUCUCUCUUUCCUCUUCCUCACGUUGUCGUCGUCGUCGGUGAUGGUCCUUCUCCACACCAGCAUGUAAGUGAGUUUCUGAUCCAUUCUAGCUGCAGAGAUCUGCACAAAGACCGGCCCUGGUCCAGCAGAGCCCCUUUAGGACCGGUCCUCCUCUCUAAGUCAAUAAAGUCCGAUCCUCCGUGUCUCUGCUGUGAAAUGAGUUUUUCUCUCUCUGUUUGAUCUGCUCUCCGGUUUUCUACAACCUCUCAUGCUGAAGGGGGUAAGUCCAUUAACGCACAAACUCAACACAAACACCAACACUACACACCAACACUACACACCAACACAAACACCAACACAACACACCAACACAACACCAACACAAACACAGAGAUACAAACACCAACACAACACACCAACACAAACACCAACACAACACACAAACACAAACACAAACACAAACACCAACACAACAGAGCAGAUCCAAACGUGCUGAAACUGGAGCAGUCACGCUCCGACUGAGAGGAUGAAGACGAGGAAGAAGAAACGUCCUCCAGCAGAAAAACACUGAUCCAGUUUAUCUGCAGGAUGGAGGUCAAAACACACAACAAACACACAAUAAACACACAACAAACACAACAAACACACAACAAACACACAACAAACACACACACAACAAACACACAAUAAACACACAACAAACACACAACAAACACAACAAACACACAAUAAACACAACAAACACAACAACAAACACACACACAACAAACACAACAAACACACAACAAACACAACAAACACACAAUAAACACAACAAACACAACAACAAACACACACACAAACACAACAAACACACAACAAACACACAACAAACACAACAAACACACACACAACAAACACAACAAACACACAACAAACACAACAAACACACAACAAACACACAACAAACACAACAAACACAACAACAAACACACAACAAACACACAAUAAACACAACAACAAACACAAACACAACAACAAACACAAACACAACAAACACACAACAAACACAACAAACAAACACACAACAAACACACAUAAACACAACAAACACACAACAAACACAAACACAACAAACACACAACAAACACAACAAACACACAACAAACACAACAAACACACAACAAACACACAAUAAACACAACAAACACAACAACAAACACACAACAAACACACAAUAAACACAACAACAAACACAAACACAACAACAAACACACAACAAACACACAUAAACACAAUAAACACACAACAAACACAUGCACACACACACGCAGAGCCUCCGGCUUCAUCCCGCCUCGUUCACAGAUGUUAUCAGAACCGGUCUCUCUGCGGGUCGGAGCGGGUCGACACUGAAGGUCCAGAUUAUUUCAGAUUAAAACUGAAAUAAAUCUUUUCUCUCCUUCAGGAUGAUCUCCGUCUGAAAAAAGGUCCACACUAAAACCUCAAACAGUCUCACUCAGAGUCUCAGUUUGUCUGUAAAUAGUUUCUAACAGUCUCAGUUUCUCAAAGACCUCUCUCUGGUUUCCUGUUUUCCUAAAUAUAAGAGUAUUUACAGUGAAACUCUCACCUCCUCGGACCUCCUCGGACCUCCUGCUGCUGUUACCUUCAGCUCUGAAAAUGAAGACUUUACGGCCUUCAGAUGUGAAGUCUCAGCUUCGUUGUUGGUCUGUGUGUGUCCUCGUGUGUGUCCUCAGAUGUGAAGUCUCAGUUUGUUGGUCUGUGUGUGUCCUCAGAUUUAGAGUCUCAGUUUGUCGGUCUGUGUGUGUAGUCAGAUUUAGAGUCUCAGUUUGUCGGUCUGUGUGUGUCCUCGUGUGUGUCCUCAGAUGUGAAGUCUCAGUUUGUCGGUCUGUGUGUGUCCUUGUGUGUGUCCUCAGAUGUGAAGUCUCAGUUUGUCGGUCUGUGUGUGUCCUCGUGUGUGUCCUCAGAUGUGAAUCGUCCAGUUUGUGCGUCAGUCUGAAUCUUUAUCUUCUAUUUGUCGGAACAUUAAAAUCCUUCAUUUCAACACAAACUCUCUCAUAUCUCACAUCUUCUUCUAUUAUCACUGAGGAGGUGUGUUAUUGUUGAUUUAUGACACACACACACACACACACACACACACAUGUGAAGAGUGUGUGUGUGUGUGUGUGUGUGUGUGUGUGUGUGUGUGUGUGUGAGAGCUGACAGCAGCUGACAGCGUCUCUGUUUGAACCUCGUUUACCGUCACCAUGAGAGGAAACUUCAGAGCCGUCCUCCUAAUCAGCUCCGACUUCAAACCGUCUCUUUACUGUCAUUUAACCGACUUCACCGCGCCGCUGACGGCGUUUGUUCGACUCGCUCUGACGGCGGCUCAGGAUGACGGGCGGCUGGUCCUCAGGGACUCGGCGGUGUUAAUGUGAACAAACGAUGAAGACUGUGAUGAAGACAGACGGAGGACGAGUGGAUGAGGACGGACAGGCUGAUGGACGUUCAGAGGAUCUGGACUGACAGAAGAACCUGAUUGGAGGAGACAGGAUCCUUCUGAGGCGGUGCCGGAUCCUUCUGAGGCGGUGCCGGAUCCUCAGUCAGAUCCUGACGGGGAGCAGAUGAAGAAUUUACACUGAGAGACCAACGUGUGUGUGUGUGUGUGUGUGUGUGUGUGUGUGUGUGUGGGUGUGUGUGUGGGUGUGUAGGACAGACCAUAAUACUGUGUUUCUGUCUCCAGGGUUACACGGCGCUCCACCUCGCCUCCAUCCACAGCCACCUGCCCGUGGUCCACGCCCUGAUCAACACCUACAGUGAGUCAGACCGCCGAAGAUCACACCGACCAAUCAGCUUCACCCUGUGGAGGAGGGGGAGGGGCUACUUUUUACACAGCUGUAGGUCAGCUGGACCUCAGCUGUUAGGGAGGAGAGGAGAGGAGGAGAUAGGAGAGAUGAGAGGAAAGGAGGGGAGGAUAGGAGAGAGGAGAGGAUGGGGAGAGGAAAAAAGUGGAAGAAAGGAAAGGAGGAGAGAGGAAAGGAGAGAGGAGGGGAAGAAAGGAAAGGAUGAGAGGAGAGAGGAAAGAGAUGGAAGAAAGAAAAGGAGGAGAGAGGAAAGGAGAGACGGAAGUAGAGAGGAAAGGAGAGAGAAGAGAAAGGGGGGUGGAGAGAGGAGACAGGGAAGGAGAGAAGAGAGGAAAGGAGAGAGGAGAGAAAGGGGGGUGGAGAGAGGAGACAGGGAAGGAGAGAAGAGAGGAAAGGAGAGAGGAGAGAAAAGGAGGAGGAACGAGGAAAGGAGGAGAGAGGAAAAAAGUGGAAGAAAGGAAAGGAGGAGAGAGUAAAGAAGAGGAGAGGAAAGAGGAAAGGAGGAGAGAGGAAAAAAGUGGAAGAAAGUAAAGGAGGAGAGAGGAAAGAAGAGAGGAGGGGAAGAAAGGAAAGGACGAGAGGAGAGAGGAAACAAGGGGAAGAAAGAGGAAAGGAGGAGAGAGGAGAGUAGAGAGGAAACAAGGGGAAGAAAGAGGAAAGGAGGAGAGAGGAAAGGAAAGGAGGGGAGGAGAGAGGAGAGGAAAGGAGGGGAGGGGAGGAAAGAGGAAACGAGAGGAGAGGAAAGGAAAGACAAGAGGAAAGGAGAGAGGAGAGAAAAGGAGGAGAGGAGAGAAAGGGGGUUGGAGAGAGGAGACAGAGGGAAGGAGAGAAGAGAGGAAAGGAGAGAGGAGAGGAGAUAGAUCUGAACUCCACAGACACGCCCCUUUUUCAGAAUCUGCCUCCCUGAUUGGACGCUGCAGCAGACUGGACUAACAGUUAUUGAUCACAAACAGCUGAUGAUCAGCUGAUGACCCCCCCCCAGGUAAAUUAAUAUUCAGACCUUCAGGGACUCAGCGUCUCCUCCUCGUCUCCUCCUCGUCUCCUCCUCGUCUCCUCCUCGUCUCCUCCUCGUCUCCUCGUCCUCCACGCCUCACAGACUCAGAGAGCAGAGAGCGCACUCAUGCAAAUCGUCUCUGACACUGAAGAUCGGAGAGACUGACAGGUUCACACACACACACACACACACACACACACACACACACACACAUGGGGAGGAGGAGGAGGAGGAGGAGGAGGAGGAGGAGCAGAGGGGUGUUGUGGGUCUAAUGAGGCCCGCCCCUGACCUGUCAGUGAGCGGACUCUUGAUGAUGUCCCUGUCAUGGUCCACACUCCUCAGGUUGAACCUCACUGUCACUCACACACAGAGAAGACCCCACUGAGCAUGUGCAGAGGAGGGCACCGUCCUCCAUCACACACGAGCUCCUCCACCUCCUCCUCAGUGAACCCAAACCUGCUUUAGGAGGAACAGGAACCUGUGGGGCGGGGGGCAGAAGUCUAACUUUUACCCCCCAGAGAAAAGCAUUCUGGGAAAUGCAGCGGAGUGAAGAGUGGAGAAGUUGGUGGAUGGAGGUGUGUGAGGAGCAGAGGGACGGUCGAGUUUCUCUGAGGAGCAGCGGAGGAGGAGCUUUAAACCGUUUACAGUCAGAGAGGAGGACAGGUGGGAGUCUUAAUGAGGCGACUCAGUUUCACCGUGAAACCAUUAUCUGUCAGAGUCCCGCUGAGGGACGCCACAGCGCCCCCUCCUGACUGAAACAUGAGGAGACGGUUUACCCUCCUCAGACCUCAGAGUCUGAAACUCCGACUUUAUCUGAGGCCGAACAGAGACGAGCAAAAACCUCCACGAGGAUCCAGAUCUUCACUGCGGCUGAAAACAUCUCAGAACUGAGAGGGUCUGAACCAGGUCAGCCCUGCAGGGACUGGAUCUGACCCCCGACCUCCACCUUCAUCCUGAUCGUCUCCCAAAAGGUCGUAUCCUCCGAUCGUAGCUGAUCGGAGGACACUCUGUGUUUCAGACGGGCAGAGACGAACAAGUGAAAGGUUUUUAGACGUCAUUUCACCCCGAUGACACCAUGGAUGAGGAGAUGCUGAUUCUAGAAGUCUAGAAGUAGAUUUCCUCCUCUGGAAGGACACAAUCUACUGCUUAUAUGUCUAUGUGUCUGUCUUUAGAGAGACGACUCGGUAUCGUGAGAUUAUUUUGAAAUCUUUGCAUCACUUCCUUCAUCAAACACAAUCUUUAUUCCAGACUUUUAUUUUGAAAUUCUUUCCUCUUCUCUCCACCAGAAGCUAAAACUAACCUCCGAGAUUAUCACGGGAAGAUGGCGGUCCACUACUGGAGCGGCUGCACCGAGGUCUUCACCAAACAGGACCAGAACUCAGGUCUGAACACGUCCACACAGGUCCGGUUCUGGACUGACCUCGACUUACCACCACCAUCAAAUAUAGAGGGGAGGGUCUUAAUUAGGGGCGGGUCUUAAUUAGAGGCAGGCUUGUAUUAGAGGCGGGUCUUAAUUAGGGGCGGGUCUUAAUUAGAGGCAGGCUUGUAUUAGAGGCAGGUCUUAAUUAGGGGCGGGUCUUUAUUAGAGGCGGGCUCGUAUAAGAGUGGGGUCUUAAUUAGGGGCGGGCUUGUAUAAGAGGCGGGUCUUAAUUAGGGGCGGGCUUGUAUAAGAGGCAGGUCUUAAUCAGAGGAAGCUCUUAAUUAGAGGCGGGUCUUAAUUAGGGGAGGGUCUUAAUUAGGGGCGGGUGUUUAUCAGAGGCGGGUCUUAAUCAGAGGCGGGUCUUAAUUAGGGGCGGGUCUUUAUUAGAGGCGGGUCUUUAUUAGAGGCGGGUUUUAAUAAGAGGCGGGUCUUAAUCAGAGGCGGGUCUUAAUUAGGGGCUGGUCUUUAUUAGAGGCGGGUCUUUAUUAGAGGCGGGUUUUAAUUAGGGGCGGGUCUUAAUUAGGGGCGGGCCUUAAUUAGAGGCAGGAUUGCAUUAGAGGCGGGUCUUAAUUAGGGGCGGGUCUUUAUUAGAGGCGGGCUCGUAUAAGAGUGGGGUCUUAAUUAGGGGCGGGCUUGUAUAAGAGGCGGGUCUUAAUUAGGGGCGGGCUUGUAUAAGAGGCAGGUCUUAAUCAGAGGAAGCUCUUAAUUAGAGGCGGGUCUUAAUUAGGGGCGGGCUUGUAUAAGAGGCGGGCCUUAAUUAGAGGUGGGUCUUAAUUAGAGGCAGGCUUGUAUUAGAGGCAGGCCUUAAUUAGGGUGGGUCUUAAUUAGGGGAGGGUCCUAAUUAGGGGCGGGUCUUAAUUAGAGGCGGGUCUUAAUUAGAGGCGGGUCUUAAUUAGAGGCGGGUCUUAAUUAGAGGCGGGUCUUAAUUAGAGGCGGGUCUUAAUCAGAGGCAGGCUUGUAUUAGAGGCAGGUCGUAAUCAGAGGCGGGUCUUAAUUAGAGGCGGGUCUUAAGCAGAGGCGGGUCUUAAUUAGAGGCGGGUCUUAAUUAGGGGCGGGUCUUAAUAAGAGGCGGGUCUUUAUUUCAGUUGUUCAAAUUAAACUUCUGAGAUCACAGACAAUCGAACCGUCAUGAAGGUUGAAGCUCAGUCCAGGUCUAGAGUCUGUCCCCUCUGUAGUCCCCCUCCAGAGUCCUGAUGGAGGUUUGGUCAGAGGUCCUCGCCGUGACUCCAGGUGUGUUUCUCUGUCGUCAGGUGGGAGGUUCUCGCGGGGCAGGUGGACCCAGCGUUACGCUCUGCCGUCGCUGCUGCUGUCUCGCUCUCGCAGUCAGAGUCAGCUCAGCGUGGACAACAGCUCGCUGCCUCAGUCCACGUCACAUGACACCUUCGAACUCCAGCUGUGA